AUGUCAGGCAGGCGUUUACUUGACGCCUUACAGUUUCUGAAUGUCUCUAAGACAGUCGCCGCAAGGCAUUUAGCCAUUCGGCAACAACAAUUGGAUGUCUACACGCGCACCUCGUCCCUGACUAAGGGCAUCAAGGCCCAAACGGAAGGGUUGAUCCUGACCGCUCAAGCCGCCGCCGCCCUCGCCCGCCGAUUCGACGACUCGCCUUCGCCGAGCCCGGCAGACUCGCCCCCGGCCGCCGAUAAGGCGACUGCAACCUCGCCACCCCCCGAUCAGGCUCGCAAACUGCAACGUCAGGCCGAAUCUCAAAUUCCUGCGGAUGUCGCCCAGUAUACCGGCAAGGAGAAUUCCGAUGCAUUGAAUGUGAGCCAACAACAGGAUGUCUUUUACGAGCCAUCCACUCAAUCAGGGCCGGAUCUGUCGAGCUUGCCUAGAGUCAAGCUCCCCAAGGUCGCAGGCGAUGCUCAAACUGGUAAUGAUGGAUUGAAUGCGGAUGUCUUCACCUCGCCGGUACCGGAUAAGCCGGCGCCAGAGGAAGAGAUGUCCGAGGAGAUGAUCCAGGGUCUCUUCCACAGCCCGAGAGUAUCGCGCAUGAUCUCUGGAAAGCCACCGCCCAAGAGAGAUUGGAAGCUGGCACCGAAGCCCGAGCAAUCGGGUGUCGAUGUCGCCAAGCCCAUCUCGCCGACGCCUGUAAAAUCUGAGACUGAGCAAAUGGAAGAGCUCGCAGCCAGCGUCGCGGAAGAUGUAGUGCCGAGCACGGAUAGCGUCGACGUCAAGCCCAAACCUUACCAGAUGCUGGAGUCACGCGUCCCGUCUUCCCGGCUCGGCAGACUCUGGCAAUACAGUGGUUUGGCGACCUCUAUGGCAUUUGGGGCCGUCGGCGAAGGUCUACGUCGCGCCACUGGCAGUCAGGAUAGCGGCUCGCUCAUGUUUAGUGCCGGUAACAUGGAACGCAUGGUCGCCAAGCUAUCCAAGAUGCGUGGCGCGGCCCUGAAGCUAGGUCAGAUGCUCAGUAUUCAAGACUCCAACAUGCUCCCCGAGCCCAUUCAGCAAGUCUUGCAACGUGUUCAAGAUCGCGCAGACUACAUGCCCGCCUGGCAGCGCGACCAAGUCCUAGUGGAAAAUCUUGGACCAAACUGGCGUGACCUCUACACAUCCUUCAACGAGAUCCCCAUGGCGGCUGCCUCAAUCGGCCAGGUCCACUCCGCCGUCCUGAAGAGCACCGGCAAGCCCGUCGCCGUGAAGAUUCAGUACCCCGGUGUAGCAGACUCCAUCGAUAGCGAUCUCAACAACCUCUCCGUCCUCCUCACUGCUUCUCGCCUCCUUCCCAAGGGUCUUUUCCUCGAUAAGACCAUCGCUAAUGCCCGCACUGAGCUCGGCUGGGAAUGCGACUACAUCCGCGAGGCAGAAGGCGCCAAUUAUUUCCGAAGUCUCCUCGCUGACGACCCGGUCUUCGUUGUGCCCGAAAUUAUGGCCCACGCUUCCGGCAAGCAAGUCCUUACCAUGGAGAUGCUGGAUGGCAUAACAGUCACCCGCAUCGCAGACUUCACCCAAGCCCAGCGCGACUGGAUCGGCACCCACAUCAUGCGCCUGUGUCUUCGUGAAAUCACCGAAUUCCACUACAUGCAAACAGACCCCAACUGGACCAACUUCCUCUACAAUGCCGAGACUCACAAACUCGAGCUUCUGGACUUCGGCGCUUCCCGCGCCUACCCGGAGGAAUUCAUCACCACAUACGUGCGCACCCUCAUCGCAGCCACCCAAAACAACCGUCAGAAAUGCCACGAUCUCUCUAUCGAAUUGGGCUACCUCACCGGUAUGGAGAGCCAGGCGAUGUCUGAUGCGCACGUUUCAUCCGUCACCACCCUCGCGGAACCAUUCAUGCUCUCGUCGCCUGAUCUGUAUGAUUUCAGCAAUCAGACCAUCACCGACCGUGUGCGUGAGCUGAUCCCGGUGAUGAUUCGGGAGCGGCUGGCCCCACCGCCUGAGGAGACUUACAGUCUCCACCGCAAGCUGAGUGGUGCAUUCUUGCUGUGCGCCAGACUCGGCAGUCGGGUCCCUUGCAAGCAAUUGUUCAUCGACGCCAUUGACGCGGCGGAGAAGAGGGGCCUGAAACUGUAA